AGCUUGUCCCUUGCCCAGUUGCCCUUGUGGCCUUAUCCCGCGUGCCUUCCGGAACAUGCCGCCGUCUCUCCUCUGCCUACGCCCCCGCCCGCCGUUGUGCGGCCGCUCUCGCAGCAGAUCCCUGUACCUACAUCUCUCCAAGCAGAGCCUGCACCCAGUUACCUCACCGAGAACAUGCCGCCGUCCAGUGUCGGGGGCAGUAGCAGGGCAGCUCGUGCCGCGGCCGCUGGGGACCCGGUGGAGGUGGACGGGGCCGACGGGCAUCGUCGCCUGCCGAUGCUCCUCCGACGCCGAGAACGGACCGCCCACGCCUCCACAAGAUAUGGAGAAAACCUUGGAUGGGUGGCCUGUCCUUCGCCGGUGGGAUGUGCCGUGGGAGUGGCCAACCAUUUCCCUCACCAUGGUCGCAUGUGCAGUAAGCUUUCUUCUGACAGGAAUGGUUGAGCAAGCUAGUUUGGAGCAGUUAGGUUUUCAAGUUGGGGAGGCAACUCUAGAUGAGAAAGCAGAAGUACUCUUCUUGGGACAAUUUAGCACGACAGUUGUUGUGCUUGGAGCUAUAUUUGGCAUCACCAAUACCUUUCGACCAUUCUCAGAUGAUAUCUUUCGUUACAAAUUUGAGGAACCAUUUAAGUUGCAAAAUGGUUGGCUUUUGUGGGCUGGAAUCGGCAUCCUUGUUGCAAUAAUUUCUAUUGCUUUAGCUGGAGCUGCAAUGACAUUUCUGAAUGGUGAAACGCCACAGAGAGAGACUGACUCACUAGUCAUUCUAUUGCCACUGAUUGGCUCAUCAGGUAUCAGCACUGCCUGUCUGCUGGGCAUCACUGGGGUUUUGGCGCCGAUUCUUGAGGAAACUGUCUUUCGAGGAUUUCUAAUGGUGUCCUUGACUACGUGGUUCUCCACUCCAUAUGCUGUGCUUAUUACUGCAGCAAUGUUUGCGUUCGCUCAUCUUACACCAGGAGAGUUUCCGCAGCUUUUUGUACUUGGUGUUGUCUUAGGAUUUUCAUAUGCUCAAACUCGCAAUCUUCUUACUCCUAUCACAAUACAUGCUGUCUGGAACUCUGGAGUAAUAUUGCUGCUAACCUUUCUUCAGCUGCAAGGUUAUGAUAUAAAGGAGAUGUUGCAGGCAUCUUGAGGAUUUCACUUGAGAACUGUGAAUGAUAGUAACAUCAAGAUGCAACCCAGGGGGCAGGGCCCUUAAAUGCUGUAUAAUAAUCGACAACCGGAGCUGGAGUCUUACCUGCUAACGUUAUUUGGAUGUAACGAUUAGAAGAAGAGAUGUGUCAUGGAUUUGGAAGAAUCAGAAUGGAAAAUCCUGCUCUCUGUGUCAUCGUGUGCAUGGAUAAAGAUGGAAACUGUAAAGAAUGUCCGUUAUGAUAGCAACUGCUUGUAUGAGCUGGAGACUGUAAGUUGUAGCAUUAAUGUUGUUACGUGACUUGGACUACUUCCUUGUAAAUCAGAUCCUGGUGGGCGUGCAAACAAGCACGGCCAAGAGCUGCUCUUGUCAACACGAGCUACAUGGACAUCUGUUCCGAGAACCGGGAACCCAAGAACAAGACAUGGAGAUGGCAGGCUACCUCGCGUCAGUUUGAAGGGUUUGACGUUGACCUGAACCCUGCUCUGACAUUUGGGUCGCAGGCCUGCAAUCCCAGGCCAUGGAAGGAGACAGCAAGCGCUCCAAAUCGAGAUGCAGUUUGCCCUCCCAAAGCAGGGGGAUUAAUGGUGUUGCCGGGAAUUGUGGAGACACGGGAAUGGAACAAAAACUUUUGGCGGGUAUUUGACGCGCGCGCACGGGCGGAACCUUGUCUUGAAGCGAUUGGAGGAGGCAAAAAACUCUCGCCGCGUGCAGAAUUUUCGCGUCAUUGUCUAAUGAUUUACAGGAAUUUCUUGGAUGCUUUUGUUUGUGUGGUAUGGCUAACACAAAGAUACUUGGGAA